GGAAGCUGAAGGUCUUCUCGGUGUCGGCGCGGGGCGCGCAGUGGUCCAGCUGGUAGAUGAGCCCGCCCGCCUUGUUCACCACGUACACGCUGAAGAUCGCCAUGGCGGCCGCCGCGCCGGAAGUGGCGUCACGCCGUCGCGCCGGAAGCCGCGCCCCCUCGGAGCACGGGGCUUCCCCACGCCGCGCGCCAGGCGCUUCCUUUCUCGGGCGACAUCUUGGGAAGCAGCCGCGCCAUGCCGCCCAAAGACGACAAGAAGAAGAAGGACGCGGGCAAGUCCGCCAAGAAGGACAAGGACCCGGUGAACAAGUCGGGCGGCAAGGCCAAGAAGAAGAAGUGGUCCAAGGGGAAAGUGCGAGACAAGCUGAACAACCUGGUGCUGUUCGACAAGGCCACGUACGACAAGCUGUGCAAAGAGGUGCCCAACUACAAGCUCAUCACGCCCGCGGUCGUCUCGGAGAGGCUGAAGAUCCGGGGCUCGCUGGCCAGGGCUGCGCUGCAGGAGCUGCUUGGCAAAGGUUUGAUCAAGCUGGUGUCCAAACACCGCGCCCAGGUGAUCUACACCAGGAACACGAAGGGAGGGGACGCGCCGGCGGCCGGGGAGGACGCGUAGGGAGUUCUAAACUGGUGCCUGAGAGAGAACGUUCAAGUCAGGACACAGCAGCCUCAGACAGAGGCAACGAACGCUGCGGAGUGGUUCAGAACAGCGGCUCCGUUGCCUUCUGUUAUCUCGGGAGCUGUAGCGUCUCUCCAGCUGACGCGCGUUUCUGGCGUGUUGAAAGGCGCCAGCGGGACCGCGCGCGGCGACCUCGGUGCCGCACACGCCUCGCGAAGCCUCCGCGACCGCGCUGCGCCGCCCGUCAGCGUCGCGCAGCUCUCCCGCGCGGGAGGACGUCUCCCAGCGCCCGCUCCGUGACCAAACCCUGCGCUCGGCACCGGUACCCGGCGCUUACCGGGACUGCCAGCGCCUGCCGUGGUUCCACACCCGCCCGAAGGACGGCAGCCAGCCGGUGCCCGUCUCAGAAGUAUGGUCAAAGUUGGCGCCCACGCGCUCCGCCGGCAGCUUUUUCAGCUUCUGCUUCUCCCCUUAAGAAAAUAUUUCAUUCAGCAAAAGUUUCUCAGCUGAAUUGCCUUUGAUCGGUGUGGUAAAGCGAACGUAAGGCUGACUGAAAUGUAUACAGGCUGCUCACUUUGCUUAAGAAAUUCCUCAUACGAA